GUCCUGCAUGGCUUCUCAGCUCGACGGCACCUCGCAAACUUCAAAACAAGGAGGCGCGUCGUGGGUGCUCCGCUCCUUGCCCGUCUCCUGCGCCGCCUUCCUUCGCUCCCUCCCUCCCUCGAAUGGUAAAAAUGCAAAGGCCGCUUUCCAAGAACUUUCCAGGAACCGCGUCACGUGACAGCCCGGCUCCCGCGCCUCGGCUUUCAAUGGAGCUCGUCUAGCAGCUGCAGCGAUAGCGGCCGCCGCUCCUUUCUCGCUCUCCUCACAAUAGGAGUGGGAGGGAAGUGGUGCGGUUGCAAAAACAAAACAUAAGCGCCUGUCGCCCUGAAUAACAGCCUCGCCUGCCCGCCCGCCCCUGAAAAGGUUUUUUUUUUUUGCAAUCACUAGGAAGCAGCCAUUUCUUCCAACUGACAGGUUGCCAAUGGAAAAGAGUCGAUGCUGCAGCUUUUGUUGUUGUUGUCAGAGAGAUUCUGGUGUCUGUGUUUUGAAAGAGAGCUGGACGGAGAAACGUGCCAGUGGCCCAAUGGGUUUGUGCAUCUGGCUGUUAACCAGAAGGUUGGUGGUUCGAGACCACCCGGUGACGGCUGUAUUGCAGAGGGUUGGACUAGAUCACUUUGGGAGUCCCUUCCAACUCUGAUGAUUCUAUGAAAUGUGUCGUACGAAACCGGUUGGGCUGGCUGGAGAUAUGUAACCUUUCCUUCAUCGCGGGGAGCUAUGCCGAACCAGCGUGUUGAUGGCGCGAAUCUGUUCUGUGUGUACGUGGCAGACGCGUGUACGUACUCUGGGCUGGGACAUGGUUGAAGAAUAAGAAGAAGUGGAAACCUACAAGGAAUUGUUGGAGGCAGGUGAGAGCAAUUGCUAGUUUGGUUCCUUAUUCAUGGAUUUAUGCCAUACUCUUCAAAAGGUGAAGCUUGCAAUAAAGCAAAAGCAUUGAAAUUCUAUCUUCUGUUUUAAUUUAUUUAGUUUAUUGGCUUUAAUCCAGUCCAUUACCCAGAAACAAUUUAUAUGUGCAUUAAAUUUUGUUACCUGCCUAAUAGCAUGCUUCUGUAGUAUAUACCAGAACCAAUUGAAAAGACAGUGGUAUUUUCUGCUGUCCUUCUGUUGAGGCCAAACUAGAGAAUAAUUCCAAAGUGAUUUCAGAAUUGACUGGCCAAAUCAAGGAACUCUUUGGUAAAAAUAAGGAAAUGGAAAAAGCAGUGAAAGAGCUAAAUACCAAAGUCAAUAAUCAAGAGGACAACAUUGGUAAAUUGACAACAGAGAGCAAGGACCUGAAAAGAAUGCAAGAAAGGAAUGAUAAAGAGAGGAGAGAACUGCUAAAGGCACAAGAGGAGCUGGCAGACCAACUGGCCUUAGUAGAAAUGAGGCAGAAAGAGUUAAUUCUUCGUUUGAGAGGCGUUCCCGAAAGACAAGGUGAGAGGAUCGAUGAAAAGAUAUGCAAAGAAUUGGCGGCAUGGCUUGGUGUUGGAGAAGAUGAGCUGACGUUAGAUGUGGACAAAAUAUACCGAGUCAGAGGGGACAGAUCCAAGAAAUUUAAAGGACCCGGUGACUGUUUGAUAUUUCUAAACUCCGGCUUGCUAAAAGAUAAAAUCUUACAAAGAAAGAAACAGGAACCCCUGGUGAUCGAAGGCAAGAGUAUUGCCAUUUUUAAGGAGAUUCCGAAACGGUUCAGACUCAAGAGACAAAAAUACAAAAGACUGACAGAUGCCCUAACAAGAAAGGGGAUCUGGUAUGUAUGGGAAUUUCCUGAAGGUCUCACUUUCACAUUUAAAGAGAGAAGAAAAACGAUAAAGAGUGUGGAAGACGUAGAAACCUUCUUGGAGAGAUCAGGAAGGGAACUGGUGGAAAGGGGAGAGGGGGAGGAGGAAGAGAGCUGA